CCAUCCUCCUCCUCCUCAUCAAACAGUAUAAAAAAGAAACAGCCGCUCUGAGCUCUUCACUUUCUCCUCUGAAUUUGAAGCAGAUAGACAUUUCCCCUUCACCUGCACUCAGAAUGUCGUUCAAAAUGCGCCAGUCUGGUGGAUCUGGGAGUUACACCAGCAGAUCCAUGCACGGCGGUUCUGGAGGCUCCUCUGUGAGAAUAUCCUCUGGUGGUGGAGGUGGAGGUGCUUAUGGCUUCAAUUUAAGUGGCGGUGGAGGAGGUGGAGGAGGUGGAGGAGGUGGGGCAGCAAUGUAUUGCUUCGGUGGUGGCGGUGGAGGUGGAGGUGGUGGAGGUGGGGCAAGCAUGUUUUCCUUCGGCGCUGGAGGUGGUGGAGGUGGCGGAGGCGGUGGGGGUGGCGUGGACAUCUCCGCCAACGAGAAGGCAACCAUGCAGAAUCUCAACGACCGUCUGGCGACCUACCUGGAAAAGGUACGCAUCCUGGAGCAGGCCAAUGCCGAACUGGAGCUGAAGAUUCGACAGUUCCUGGAGAGCAAGACCUCCCCGUCCUCCAGAGACUACAGCGCCUACUAUGCCACCAUUGCAGAGCUGCAGGGAAAGAUCCUAGAUGCUACCUCGGUUAAUGGUAGCAUUUACCUCUCCAUUGACAACGCCAAGCUGGCUGCUGACGACUUCAGGCUCAAGUAUGAGAACGAGCUGGCCAUGCGUAUGUCCGUUGAGGCAGACAUCGCCGGCCUGAGGAGAGUCCUGGACGAUCUGACCAUGAGCCGGUCCGACCUGGAGAUGCAGAUUGAGGGUUUGAAGGAGGAGCUGAUCUUCCUCAGGAAGAACCACGAAGAGGAGCUCCUGGCAAUGCGACAAAACUUGAGCGGCCAGGUGAACGUAGAGGUGGACGCAGCUCCUGGUGUGGACCUCAAUAAGGUCAUGGAGGAGAUCAGGGAGCAAUACGAAGCCGACGCUGCCAAAAGCCGCAAAGCACUGGAGGAUUGGUUCAAAGCAAAGACAGACUCGCUACAGAAAGAAGUCGCAGAAAGCACCGAAAGCAUCAACACGUCCAAAUCGGAGCUCACGGACCUGAAGCGCACGCUGCAGGCGCUGGAGAUCGAGCUGCAGUCACAGCUCAGCAUGAAAUCCUCACUGGAGGGCACACUGGCUGAGACUCAGAACCGCUAUUCCAUGAAGCUGUCGGGCUACCAGAACCAGGUGAGCAGCAUGGAGGAGCAGCUGAUGCAGCUCAGGGCUGACCUGGAGAGGCAGGGACAGGAGUACCAGAUGCUGCUGAACAUCAAGACCCGCCUGGAGAUGGAGAUCGCUGAGUACAGGAGGCUGCUGGACGGAGAAGGCAUCGGUGGUGGCGGCGGCGGCGGCAUCUCCUCCUCCUCCUCCUCCUCCACCAUGUCCUCCACCCAAUCAGGUUCUGGUUCGGGCUCCGUCAGUGAAUCCAAGACCGUCACCAAAUAUGUCAUGGUGACAGAGGAGGUCGUGGAUGGAGUGGUGGUAAGCUCCUCCACAGAGAGCGUCAUCAAGGAAUGAGCUGCAGCAGGCGGCGCUCUCACUCACAGCUCUCUCAGCAUUUUUCAAUAAAAGUCUUCUGAGGUGCUUCAAAAUAAAAA